GCCAUGACUCUGAAGGUCAAUCGGAUUUUGCAUGUAGAGAAAUCGCUAUACCAAGACGUUCUCGUUUUUGAAUCUGAGACGUAUGGGAAUGUUUUGGUUCUAGACGGCGUCAUUCAAUGCACCGAGCGGGACGAAUUUUCUCAUCCAAACCCCAAAAAAGUCUUGGUCAUUGGUGGAGGCGAUGGUGGUGUUGUCCGGGAAGUUCUUCGCCACGAGACUGUAGAGGAGGUCGUACUUUGUGAUAUCGAUGAGGCCGUCAUUCGAGUUUCCAAACAAUAUUUACCUCAUAUGUCCGAGCUACUCGAUUCCUCCCGUGUUCGAGUAUACGUCGGCGAUGGCUUCAAAUUCCUCGCAGAUAACACCUCAACCUACGACGUUAUUAUUACAGACUCAUCUGAUCCUGUUGGACCCGCCGAAUCUCUCUUCCAAAAGCCAUAUUUCCAGCUUCUCCAUGAUGCACUUGCACCAGGAGGUAGCAUAUCGACUCAAGGAGAGUGCUUAUGGAUCCACCUUCCUCUCAUCAAGUCCACCAAUACCAUGGUAAAGGAAAUCUUCCCUGUGGUUGAUUAUGCCUUUACUACCAUUCCGACUUACCCAUCAGGUCAAAUCGGGUUUUGUCUCGCAAGCAAGGAUGCUAACAGGGACCUACGUAACCCUAUAAGAAAAAUCACGGGAACAAGAUAUUAUAAUGAGGAAGUGCACAAGGCAGCAUUCGCGCUCCCCGAAUUUGGAAAGCGGAUCUUGGAAAGCGGAGAAAAUAUCUUGCCGGUUCUCGGCGCAACCGCCGAUCCCAGUUUGCAACCCAAAAAGAUAUUGCUACUUGGUAGCGGGUUUGUGGCUAGGCCCUGCGCUGAAUAUGUAGUCAGGGGCCCUGUCAAUCAUUUGACCAUCGUAAAAUUAGGAGAAGGUCUUCCUAGAACCACGCCUAUUAGCUUGGAUGUGAACAAUGCUCAAGCUCUAGAAGAGGCAAUCGCUAGCCACGAUGUCGUGAUAUCCUUGAUCCCAUAUACUUUCCACGCUCAAGUGAUUAAGGCCGCCAUCAAAGGCAAGACUCACGUUGUGACAACGAGUUAUGUGUCUCCAUCCAUGCGCGAACUGGAUGCCGAAGCGAAGGAAGCCGGGAUUGUGGUCAUGAAUGAAAUUGGCUUGGACCCAGGCAUUGAUCACCUGUAUGCUGUCAAGAUCAUUGACGAGGUUCACGCUUCGGGAGGCAAG